AUGCCGCCGACGCUACCUGUCUCGCUGAGCCCUCAUAUCUGCGUACUAGCCUCGCCGGACGUGCAUGAGCUCUUCGAGUCGUCUGGAUUGCCUCCAAUUACACAGACAUUACAGUCCUUUGUUCCUUUACCAAAUGUAACGACUAGGACUACCUCCCUUACAUCCGUGGUACACAGUACCUUCGCGCUGCGUUUCUCAGACCUUGUAGAUACCGAGAACUCCGCACACGAAGAUGAAGAUCGACGCGCCGCGCGUACCAUGGACUGGAUCAGCGCGCGCGUUUCUAACAGGGCCGCGGACUGGGUACGGGUCAUGGAAGCCCAAGCAUCUGGAGACGGGAGUGCCGGAGGAAAGGAAGGCAUCUGGAAGGAGAAAACGCCCUGGUGGGAGGAGCUGAGGAGGUGUGUAGAGGGCGACUGCGUUCCGAACAGCGACGAGGGAUGGAAUCAUCCUGCUGCGAUCAUUCUCACCGUGUCUACUCGAGCUGUGAACCCCCUCCAGGCUUUGCAAGAUCUAAAUACGCGUCCCGUGGAUUUCCCUCCAUGGGUAGAGCCCACCGCGUUGCGGUAUUACCUGAUCAUACAUCCGGCCAACUCAGAAUUGACAGACCCCAUAGCGGAAGCCUUGUUCAACGCCGUUAAGAAACAAUAUGGUCUACAUAGCUAUCUCCUCCCUCUCGUACUGCCUGCCGACCCGCUGCCUGCGCCCGUUCCAGUACCCGCCCUCCUCCCUCGUCUGCCUCCACCUCCACCACCCUCUUCAGCCUUUGACACGCCACCUCUGGCACCCGCCCCUACCCCCGCCGGACUGGUUGCCCCGAACACACCACGGGGCCUCAUGUCGCCCAUGCCCCGCUCUCCUGGGCCGUCUGUACUUGCACCAGGGCACAGAGACACAUCAUCUCAGGGCCUUUCGCAGACAUCUCCUACUGGUUACGCGCUUCGUCUGAGUGAGGCCGACAUCCAGCAGACCGGCAAGUUCGUGCGCGAGUUCGUGGUGAUGAGCCUGAUACCAUGGAUGGAGAAGUACGUCAUCGACUGGAACGAGAACUUCUCAUCAUCUCGACGGCUACCUUCCCGCCUCUUCUCAUCUACUAGACGCCUAUUUGGCUCCGCUGCCCCAUCUCCUGCAGUAACAACCCCCUCGACACCUGUUCAUGGCCCAAAUCCUUCCAUAUCAUCAGUGUCGUCUAGGUUCAGAACACACCAAACUAAUAGCUCAAUCACCUCCAUCACCUCCGUGUCAUCUGCGGGAACGCUCGUAGAUGGAACAGUCACUCAACAAAGACGGCUCGCCGAAUUUGCCACUAUGCUUGGUGACUACAAGUUAGCGACGUCGAUCUGGGAGGCUCUGAGAAAAGAGGGGAGGGGCGGUUCGGACGUGCUUCCUCUGCUCCUGGCACCCUCCCCUGCACUGUCACUCCAUGCCGCGCAUGCCCUCGCUGUCCUGCGUUCGCCAUCGAACCCGCACUUCCAGUCACCUGGUCAUGCACAGUUGCGCGCGCUAUCAUACGCAGUGCGGUGGGUGACGGGGAUCGAUAGACGCGACUUUCUCGGCCCUGUCCUGGAGGGCGAGAGGUGGUUGGUACAAGCUGCCGGUAGUGCAGAAGAGCCUCCAAGUAUGAUCUUAUAUGCGCAUGCCGCUUUCCUGAGCGAGAGGAAGAACGCUCGAAGACGAUCCGCUUUGUGGUAUCUGCUCGCUGCUGACCACCUCGAGAAGGCGGGCACUAAAUCACUCGCGAUGUUCCUGUUUCGGAGAGCCCAUGACCUGUACAAAUCACAGGCGCCGAAGGAACUAUCGCCUUCGUUCUGGGAAAGCGAAGCUCGGGACCCAGCUGAUUGGACAGGAUUUCCGUCCGUAUUACCGGGCAUCGAACAUGAGCUAGGACGUCUGUUGUAUACAACUGGUGACACAGAGGGUGCUGUCCGUUUUUUCCUUGGACUACUGCGAGGCGCCUCGGAUCCAAGCGCGUCUCUAUCAGACGAAGACAGAGCCGUUGGCAAGGCAGCAGUCGAGGACCAAUUUACCACGGAUAAGGUGUACUUGGAAGAUUUCCGCGUGGCCGCGAAGCAUUUCAAGGCAACCGAACCAGAGAAGUGGAAGUCGGCAUCACUUCAACUGCCAGUGUCUUUCUGUCAGCCCAAACAGACCAAAGUGCGGUUCCCCGGAAACAACUUCGAAGGCGAUCCUAAGGAAUGGACGAGGCGUGAAGAAGACUGGGCCGAAUUUUGGGCAUCAAGGGGCAAAGAGAAGCUCGAACGCAGUAGUAAAGCUGCAGUCGAUGAAUACUUCUGGGUCGACCUGGGCAUGCGCAAUCCAUUGGAUGUUGAGGUAAACCUAUCGGGCUUGUCUAUCGUCGUCCGAGAAGCCUCUUCCCUGGAUGCUUCAUCUAUGCCCGACUUCGUUGAAGUUGAAGUAGUUGACGGUGUCACGCUUGGUCCCAGAGAAUAUCGUACCAUCCCUGUCGCAGUGCGGUGUGGCCGACCGGCGUCUCUGCAAAUCACUCAUGUCGUCUUUGAAUUCCUAUCUUUACUGCCGGUUACAGAGUCGCUGGCUUUGCGCGGCCGGCGGUUGCAUGACACUACCCAGCAGAGGCAAAACAAGGCAUACGCAUCUGAUAUUCUGAUCGAGGUCGACGUGGAAGAUGCUGGGCAGCGGUUGCGAGCGAGUUUUGUCGACGACAGGCAUCUCAUCCUCAUUGAAGGAGAGUACAAGCGUCUCAAGCUUUGGAUGACGAACUCGGGGUCAAGACCAAUCAAUGAAGCCUGGAUGGUUUCGGGUAGAGAAGACGAGCUUUGGAUAGACUCCGACGAGGCUGUGGCCGAAGAGACCCCUGCCGCGUCAUCUUCGCAAGGUCCACUCACGGAAACGCUGGAUUCCUCGAAUUCGCUACGCCGACGGGAACCCUAUGGGCUACCCUUGGGCGACUCCCAAGGGUCAUCAGACUUGGCCCCUGGGGAGUCGAUGCAGGUUACGUUGACACUCCAUGCGUCCCAAGUCGGGGAAAGAGACCUUGGCCUGCUGUUCAUUUUCCGUGAGGUAAGUUGCGCGCCAUUUUGGUGCGUACGGGUUACAAGGCCGUAUGAAGUAAUACCUGUCUUCCGACUGGCCGCGUCAGCGGAGCCGAGCAGAUCAGUGGAUCACUCAUACGGCUUAAGCCUUGAAGUCGAGAAUCUGUCCGAGACUGGGAAUCUACGCCUGACGCAAGUGACUACCAUAAGCCCCUUGUGGGCGUCACAGUCUGACGUCCGCGCGCAUUGCAGCGACAUUGUCCAGCCGCAACAGAUCACAAAAAUCCACCUCGGUAUCGACCCAUGGGAAGAGAGCGAUGGAGUGCAGGCCACCCUGCAGUUCGUGUCCUCAAAACUUCAAGCAGUAUUACACGGUGUACAACCGGAUGACUCUGAUCCGCCACCAUUGCGCUUAGCUUGCAAGCAUAUAUCGAAGCAGGGCACAGGGGCACGUUCGCUGGCAAUCCCGUUAAUGGCCCACUUCAUUCAUUGCGGUCAGCGAACAUACAGCACUCACCGCGCACAGAUGGCACAUCGAUACAUACCAUACGACAGCCAUCCACGUAUAUUCCCAUUGUUCAACCCCUAUUCCAUAGACGUCGUGCUCUUCUGGGAGCUCGACGGAGAAGGCCGCAGUGGACAUAUACUCGUGCCAGGACUAACACUCGGUGCCUCUCACGCUUACUUAGACAGUAUGAUCGAUGAAGCGGAGAGCGCGAAGGUCAAACGAUCCAUGUACGCAGAGACACAGCGCGAGCGUUCAGACAUCAUACGGGCUAUUCGGGAAAGCGAAUGGAACGCCGAAAUGGAUCCUACGGUCGUAACCACUUGUGUCAAGGGUACAGUUAGGCAUGACUUCUCUGACGGGCCAUGCAGUGUAUCCGUGAAGUACAUCCUGAAGAAUCUCUCACCUACACAUUCGUCACGCGUCACUUUGCGGCUAGCAGCGGUCCCCCCAGAUACAGAGACAACUGCGCUGUUGUCACCUCGGUACGCAGGACGUCUAACCCACCGUAGAGAGAUCGAGCCAUAUGGCACCGCAGUCAUCUACAGCAAAGUAUGGGCGACGCGACCCGGGAGUUUCAGGCUCGACGAGUGGGUAGCCGAGACGCAAGUGACUACAUCUGGACGGACACAUACAAGGCAUCUUCGAUACGUACAAGGACCUCCAUUAGAACACCGUGUAUGCUUCUCCGUCGUUGACGACUCGCGAUCAUGA